AUGGUCGACUUCUGUAUCGCUUUGGCUGGAGAUGAUAUUAUGAGUGCGUCACGACGACGGCAGGAGAUGGCGAACGACUCCAGCUCUAUCAACCACACAUCUUAUAAGCCUAUCCGAGACCGGCCUAUUGCCGUGAACAUCGAAACUAAGGCACCCGCAAGCUCAAAUGAGGAAGCAAAGGCCCAACUAUCGGUGUGGACUAUCGCCUAUCUCAAGCGGCUACGGUCGUUGGCUUGUACGUCUAACUCCACGCUGGCAGUUGAUGUGACAAUUCCUGUGAUAUCCGUCUGCGGGGGGAAAUGGGAACUUUACUUCGUGAGAGACAAAGUCGACGGGAUGGACGUAAUUCCAACUUUUUCCAUUGGAAGUACCGACACGCUUGUUGGCUGCUACAAGAUUGCUGCCUUCUUGAGGCAUCUGGGCAUUUGGAUCCAGACGGUAUAUCGAGAAUGGUUGUUGAAGAAUGCCUUGGCAGUGGAAAAUAUUGGCGAGGUUGGGAAUACAAUUUUUUAUGUAUAA